AUGCUACCAGUACAAGAGAAUACGGUCGUUGUGUUGUUCCUCAAUCUCUUGUUGAAAUCCUUGGCGCUGGCAUUUUCCGUCUCGAACAAGUAUUCCGAUCAACUGGCACCCAUCAGUGAGCAUCUCAUUCUUUCCGGCGAGCUUACGUCGGACAUGGCUUCCAAACUUCCCAACUGGUUCUCCUCCAAGGAAGGAUUGACGGGGGAAUCACCGGCAGUGUUUGGUGGCUGUGGAAUGGAAUUGAUCCAGGCCGGAAAGAGUUUGGCACCACCAGAAGAAGAAUCGGAAACAAUACACGAUUUUGAUAGUAGCAUUGUGACACUUGUGGAGGCACUCCAAGUGUGUUCCGCAGAUCUGGCCGCCGCAGCUUGUACUCUGGAUCCGAUUGGCAUUGGCGAGGAAAUGGACAUGGCUUGUGAGGCUGUGUUGGAUUUGGCAUCUUGUCUACAGAAAGAGGAUUCACCAGCUGCCGUUCAGGCAUCACAAGAAGCUGUGCACGAAGCGUUUCAAAAAUGCUGCGAUUCUUUCAGAGACUAUGGGGACUUGUUGUUGGCAGAAGAUUCCAACAAGGGCGAGAGUGCAGCAGGAAAUAUUCUUUCCAGGGCUGGAGAUGAGUUGGGCAAGGCAGGGACACUCUUUCAAACACUGGUCCUUUGCAGUCAAAAAGAUUGA